CUUAGUCCUCUAAAAAUGGGCAUGACAAUUGUAAGAUUUAAUUAAUGUGCUUUGCUAAGAGACCUUUGCAAACUCUCUCUGAAUGAAAACUGCCAUUCCGAAGCGUUGGUAUCAACCUCUGAAUAUUUGGAGGCCCUGUGGUUUGGAGCAGAAGAAUCUGAGUUCCAACUUGGCUGUCACCAUGAAGUUCUGUGGAAGUGGGAGAUGACUCUGCAUUGCUACCAUUGGACUCUGAGGUCAGAAGAUAUAGGUUUUUGUAACAAGAAGCAGCAACCUUUUCAUCGGGUGGAAGACGAAACAGUGGAAAAGAACUGUGUACCAUGUGUUAGUAUAUUGAAGAGUGAGAAUUCUUGGAUUAGUGUGGUUUUGGAUUGUAAAAAGGGAAAAGAAAGGAGAGAGUGAAAAUGGGGAGGAAGAAAAUACAAAUCACAAGAAUAAUGGACGAACGGAACAGACAGGUGACCUUUACGAAGAGGAAAUUUGGAUUAAUGAAGAAGGCAUACGAACUUAGUGUGCUCUGUGACUGUGAAAUAGCACUCAUCAUUUUUAACAGCUCUAACAAACUCUUUCAGUAUGCCAGCACUGAUAUGGACAAAGUUCUACUCAAAUACACAGAAUACAAUGAACCCCAUGAGAGCAGAACCAACUCAGAUAUCGUUGAGACUUUAAGAAAAAAAGGCCUUAAUGGUUGUGAGAGCCCUGAUGCUGACGAUUACUUUGAGCACAGUCCACUAUCGGAGGACAGAUACAGCAAACUAAAUGAAGAUAGUGAUUUUAUUUUCAAGCGAGGCCCUGCUCUGAACAAGAAGGAACACAGAGGGUGUGACAGCCCGGACCCUGACACUUCAUAUGUGCUCACGCCACAUACAGAAGAAAAAUAUAAAAAAAUUAAUGAAGAGUUUGAUAAUAUGAUGCGGAAUCAUAAAGUCGCACCUGGCUUGCCUCCCCAGAACUUUUCAAUGUCUGUUACGGUUCCAGUGUCCAAUCCCAAUACUUUAACCUACAGUAACCCAGGGAGUUCCCUUGUAUCCCCAUCACUGGCAGCCAAUUCAUCAUUAACAGACACGACCAUGCUCUCCCCACCUCAGGCCACAUUACAUCGAAAUGUAUCGCCCGGAGCCCCUCAGAGACCGCCAAGUACUGGCAAUGCAGGUGGUAUUUUGGGUACAGCAGAUCUCACAGUGCCAAAUGGAGCUGGUACCAGUCCAGUGGGAAAUGGAUUUAUUAACUCUCGAGCUUCACCAAGCCUGCUAGGAACCACUGGUGGUGGGAAUGGAUUAGGCAAAGUUAUGCCUACAAAGUCUCCGCCUCCGCCCGGAGGAGGUAAUCUUGGAAUGAACAAUCGCAAACCAGACCUUCGUGUUGUCAUCCCACCUUCCAGCAAGGGCAUGAUGCCUCCAUUGAAUACCCAAAGGAUAAGCAGUUCUCAGUCUACACAGCCUCUUGCUACCCCUGUGGUGUCUGUGACAACUCCAAGCUUGCCUCCACAGGGACUGGUGUAUUCAGCCAUGCCUACCACCUACAACACUGAUUACUCCUUGACUAGUGCAGACCUGUCUGCCCUGCAGGGCUUUAACUCCCCAGGAAUGCUGUCUUUAGGACAGGUAUCUGCCUGGCAACAGCACCAUCUAGGGCAAGCAGCCCUCAGCUCUCUUGUUGCUGGAGGCCAGUUAUCUCAGGGUUCAAAUUUAUCCAUUAAUACCAACCAAAACAUCAACAUAAAGUCCGAACCAAUUUCACCUCCACGGGACCGUGUGACUCCAUCUGGGUUCCCUCCGCAGCAGCAGCAGCAGCAAUCACGGCAGGAAAUGGGUCGUUCCCCUGUUGACAGUCUCAGUAGUUCCAGCAGUUCUUAUGAUGGCAGUGAUCGGGAGGACCCAAGAAGUGAUUUCCAUUCACCUGUUGGGUUGGGAAGACCACCAAAUACAGAAGAUAGAGAGAGCCCAUCAGUGAAACGAAUGAGAGUGGACACAUGGGCAACAUAAACUUUCAGCAUUGCCACUUCUAUUUUGUGUUAUCACACUGAACUGUCCUGACAUAUCUAAAUAUAUAUAUAAGGACAUGAAAUAAAUAUAUUUAUAUGUAUGUACAUACAUGCAUAUAUAUAUAUCUUCACGUGUAUAUAUAUGUGCGAGUGUAUGUAGCAUACACAAAAUCAUCAGGCACUUACUACAAACUCCUUGUAUAGCUGCAGAUGUCCCAUGGUAAAAAUAUAACAAAACAAUCCUAUAGGCAUUGGUCUAGUCUGGCACUUACCUGGACAUGCUGUUUUAAUAAUAUAACCUGUUCUGCAAAGAAACAUUGUACCUGUCUAUAAUCCUGCCACACUAGUUUGCAGAAACCAAGAGGGCUCCCCUGUAGUAGUGUCCCCAUGUGUUUUAUUAAAGCUGUAUGGUUACUUGUAGUUAAGAAACAAUGCUUUGUAGCAGCAGAGCAGUAGAAAAGCAGGAAAAAGAAAGCAAUACUGUACAUAAAAUGUCCUUUAUAUUACCCAACCUGGCAUGGGUCUCUGUUGCAGAGAGUGCAUGGCGAAGGGCUGAAGGUAUAAAAACCUGUUUUGCACGUGCAAAAAAAAUGUAUUGGAUCAAAGAAGUGGUUCUUAAUAAUAAAAAAGAGUGAGAGAGAGAAGACAUAGAGAACUCGCAUGAAAUAUUCAGAAAAUAGCCUAGAAAAUAAAGCAUUAACAAAAUAAAAGUAAUAUAUUAAGUUAUAAUUGGAAUAUGUUUGAAAAGUUUCUUUUUACGUUCUAUCUUUGAAAAAUAUAGAAAGAAACGGAUUUAGCUCAUGUAUAUUUUAUAUUAAAGAAAACAAUACCCUUAUGAAUUGAAGACUAUAUAUAAAAGUUAUAUACAGUACUUUUGGACACAUUCUGCUAUGAAUUAUUUAUAUAAGCCAAAGCUGUAUGAUGUAGCUUUUUGUAGAGUAUAGUUUUAUCUUGUUAUUUUGACUUUGUAGUUUUUUGCUUUCAGAAGAGGAAAAAAAACCUUGCAGGCAGAACAUUGGGGGAAAAAUAAGCCAUGAACACUUAUUAUUCUAUAUGUAAAUUAAAAUUUGAGCCAAACUCUUUGUGUAUAUAGCAUCUUAAAUAUAUCACCUUUGGUGUAAGUACCUAUGUAUUGUACGUUCACCAGAUUAAAAAGUAUAUUUUUGUGGAUUGACGCCAACUUGAAAAAAGGCGAGGUCCUUAUUAAGUAGAGUAUUCACUGUUUAAUAUUUACUAUUUUGUUAAAUAUACUGUACUUUCUUUGGAUUUUAAUUAUUAUUAAUAUUAUUAGCCAGAUUUUUCGGAGGAUGUAUAAAGGGGUUGUCCCCUUCACUGGUGGUGAAUGUGUGCCGUUAAAAUGUAAUCUCUGUGCUGUAUGGUUAAGCUUCAUUAUACAUUUUAUAUAUGUGUAUAUAAAUAGCAAAGUGGCAAAAAAAAAAAAACAACAAAAAUCCGGUGUUAAGUUCAUCCCACAUAAAUAUUAAAAAUCUGUUACAACACAUUUUAAGGCAUUAUUUUAAAACUGCCUCUUGUGAGAAAAUAUUCAGUGGAAAAACUUGACCUAAUUACUUAUGUUAGGGAAAUGAUAACACGUAUCAGAUGAGCAUAAAAGGUUUUGUAAGUGGUAAGUGGUUUGGGACAAAACAUUUGCUUUGGAAAGAAAUCCUCUCAUGUCUCCUAACACUCAAAAAAAUUGAGCAAGAAAUCCAAAUACCCAACAUGCUAUGUAUCUGGUUAGUACCCAACGUUCUGAUCCUGCAAUUCUUUCUCAUGCAUUAGUGAGCCUGCUUGCAAGAGUUAAGUAAGAAAUUCGCCCAUCAUUCAGGGAUGUUAAGGAGUACCAUCAUCUCUGCUUUUAAACUGAUAUUGCUAUUGCUAAUCUAUUGAAGUUGGGCAAAGAUUUACUUAAAACUGGAUCUGUACAGAGUAAGUCUCGAAGGGGGGGGGGGGGCAAAAAUCUGACACAAUUCGCUUUGCUUUAGUAACUAUGUGCUUAACUUAUGUUUUGAGUUAAAACUCUGUGUGCUUUCAAAUCCCUGCUACUUCUCGUCAUCCUGUGUAUGCAAUAUUAUUAUAUCCCUCCGCACGACGAACAAAAUAAAAUGUAGACUUGUAAGAAACAUAAAUCUAGCUACUAGCCACUCCAAUUUUGGGAAAAAUUGAAGUUGUUUUAUGUGUUACACAAAACUCUUUGAAGUUAAUUCUGUAUAUUUAUUAAAACAUUUUUCUCUUGGGCAUUCAACACUUUUUAAGGAAAUUGUCUAGUAAAGUCACUCAGUUGAUGCUAUAAUUAAAAAAAACAUGAGAGGUAGAAAUGGAAAUCCAGUGUGUACCACCAUCUCCUUGGCAUCUGCUUGUACAUGGAAUGAUCCAAGAACAAAGUGUACUGCAGAUGGAUUUCAAGACUAAAUCUGUUGUGUUGUCAGUGUAACUUAAAAUUAUGGAAUUUUUUAAAACAUUUGAGGCAAACUUUGACUUCCUUUCAAAUUAAUCUACAUUUAGUAAAUUGAAGCUAGAGUAGUCACUGCAACAGAAGAGCCUACAGAGGAUUUCAAUUUUCAAAUGAAAACUGCAUUUCCAAAGUAUUUCAGUUCACUUACUGUUUCACGGAACCUUUAAUGCUUUGAAAAGUUAUGUGAUUUUUUUUUUGUUAUUUAUGCACGUAUAUGAACUUUGCUGUACAUUUGAGUGGGAGUUCUGCAUUCACAUUUACUGUCUAUUUUCUUGUGUGCCUUAUGAGAUGGCUUUGCUGACUGUAUGUCAAUAGUCUUUAUUUCUAUGCAGGUUUGUAAGCAGUACUAUUACUGUUUUCUAAAACAAUGUUAUAUAUAAGGUUUGGAGUUUGUAUUUAAAUCACACCAACUGACUAAUGUAAAACUUGUGCAAUUCUUAGGAAUUGAGGAUCAGACUGUUAACCUGUUGCCCAUAGACCUGUAAUGGACUCCAGUAGAUAAGCCUUUGCAACAACAUCCCAUCUAUCUGUGGAAGAACUCCACACCAUAGAAAUCAUAGGGGAACUCAGAUUUUUAAUAACACUAAUCGUGUAAGUUUGGAACAUACUUUUUUUAGGAGAUGUAGAAGUGUUUUGUAGAAGAAAGGACAUGGCACAGGAGAACAUUUCAGCAAUUCAAAAAAAUGAAUAUAGCAUUUUUUAUUAAGUAAAUUUAAUAAAUGCAGUUCAAGGUAGGGUUGCAGAUAGAUCAAAUCUACUGUGAACCUAUUUGGCUCGUAUUGAUUCAUGAGAGUUGUACCUGCUAAAAUGACAAAUCAUCUUUGAGCUCUAACUAAUAGUAUUUAAAAAUAUAUAUAUAAUCAGGGGUUUGUUGAAGAAAAAUGCUUUAGCAUUUCCUUUUAUUGUAAAGGACACUAAUGCAUCAAAAACUUUUCUGAAUUAUUAUGCGCACAAGAAAUAUAUAGUAAAUAAGGAACAUAAUAACUCCUAGCAGUUGAUCGUGGGAAGAAAUUAAAUUAGAAUGUGAAAGAAAGACUUAUAAAUGUAAACAGUUACUUCUUAGUAGAAACUUUCUUCACUUUGCUGUGCAAGAGAACACUGCUUUGCUAUAUUUAAAAUGGCUUUUUUAAAAGAGAUUUAUGUAUUUGGUAAAUGUUUGUAGUCAACAGUUCACACAAGAAGCUGUUCACGGCUUAAUGAUGAUAAGCCGUUUGGCGGCACAAGCUGGACUUUGUUGCCAUCCUUGAGACGAAUCUUUUAAGAAAAAAAUAAGUUAAUCUCAAUUUUUCCCUGAAUGUGUUGUUUUUCUUCAUUAUACAAUAAAUAUUCUAGUGAACUUUUUAUCAAAUGGUUAAGAAAAUGCUAGAAGUUGUUGUAAAAUAUUUGUAUCCUGCAUUCACUAAAGUAAAAAUACUGGCUUUUACUGUGUA